CACCACCACCCAAUAAUUAGGAAACAAAAUAGAUAAAUGCCAUCCACCCACAAAAGGAUUUUUAUUUUUAUCAGCUUUUAGCUUAUUAUUACAACUUAAUUUGAAUAAGCUGCUACAAAAAAUGAACUUGAAGAGCUGCUUUUCUGUGUCAAAUUCUGCAUACAAGUCAUGUACAAAGAGCUUUUUUAAGUGGGAUUUUGGCAAAAGCAGAAGCUCACAGCCGGAGCACAAAUAUUACGACGAAAUUGACCUUCAAUUCCCUCCUUCUCUCGUCGCCAAAACAUUCUUGAAAGGCAAAGAACUAAAAUGCUGCUACAAAGCCACAAUAGAUGGAUUUAGUGCAACAGAUUUCCACACCAAAUGUGACUUCAAAGGACCAUGUGUUAUAAUUGGCUACACCAACAAGUCACUCAAAUUUGGUGCAUUCAAUCCCGAGGGCUACAGAAGCACGGACGACUACGACGACACGUUCGACGCAUUCCUCUUCUACUGGCCCGAAGAGGCCGGUGACGAAACCGGGCCGAUCGUUCUGCCUAAAGUAGGAGGUAGUGGGGCGGCCCUGUUCGAUUACGCCCGAGGCGGGCCCCAGUUUGGGGCCGACGGGCUUUUGAUCGGGCCCCCGUUGGCCCCCGUUAUGGGGGGGUUUGCCGGGCCCGAUACAAAUUCGGGUGUCGGUGAUUUGAGGCAAGCUAAGUCUAGGUUGGGGCUUUCUUAUGGGAAAAGGCUUGAUGGGAAGGAAUCUUUAUUUGGGGAUGAGUUUAGGGCUGUUAUUGAUGAAGUUUUGGUGUUUUGUAGUCCUCAAAUUGCUAGCCUAUAUUAGGCUGUGAUUAAAGUUGAUGUGUAUUAUGUAUUUAUACUAAUGUGUUAUAUUAUGUUUGGCCUUUGUUUGAGAAUUA